AUGAGUGAGUCAAGUGAUGAAAAUGUCCGUUUGAUAAUACGGUGUGCGCUGCAAUCAUUCGAUGAUUUACGCAUAAGAUGUCUUUCGUCAUGGACUGUUCUUCAACUCAAAGAAAAGCUUGCCAUUGAUUGUCCUUCGAAACCGGAAGUUAAAAAACAGCGUCUGAUCUAUGCUGGACAUUGUUUGCAUGACGAUCAUACCCUUAAAUCAGUGUUUGAACUUCGACCAAUCGAUGAUGGAAAUAUUCACGUUAUACAUCUUGUUUGUCCUCCCAAAGACUUUAAUGCUCAUGUGGGAACAUCAGUGCUUAGAAGGCGUACUGCUGAUCACAUACAAGCAAGCUCAACUUCUUUGGGUACUGCAGCACAAGCACAAAAUCAUAAUGUUAACAACGGUGCCUUCCCACUUUACACAUAUCCUUUAUGGGCUAGCACUGCUACUCAACGAGGCUUUGCUACAUCACCACCAAUGCUUAUUUCUUCAAGUGCGCAAUUUCAAAGCGCGUAUCAAGCAUAUAUGGUUUCAUAUAAUAAUUAUAUGUAUCAGAUGAUGUCUGCGUUGGAAAACAGUUCCAGUGGUAUUCAGUUUCCAUCUCACUUCCUAUUGAACAGUCAGCAGGCGGUACUACACCCAGAGCAAGCUAAUCAACCACAAGGAGCUUUUGCUGCCGAACCAAAUUUGGCUGCAGCUCCUGCUGCGGGUGGUAUAGUUCAAGAAGCAGUGGCUGGUGAUGUAGAUGGCCAGCAGCGGGAUUUUCUGGAUGUCAUUUAUAAGGCAAUACGAAUGUGCUUCCUGAUAAUGCUGGUUUAUGUGUAUUCAUCUGCGGAACGAUUUUUUGGUGUACUGGUAUUUGUCUUGCUAGUUUGGUUCAUACAAGCAAGGCGUGAUCGAAAUAUUCGUGAAAGAGCGGAUAGAGAAGUUGCCGUAGCCGUUGAUAAUGUUCGCCAACCGCAACAGGCCAAUAUGAGCCAAGAAGAUCAUGGUGCACAAGAAAACACAAACGAAACAAUGACGGCAGGAAUUGAUGAGGAAGAACCACGAGAACCGACCGCAUGGGUCGUUUUCUGGAGUACUUGCUACACGUUUAUCACAUCGUUUUUCUCAUCACUUAUUCCAGACAACCCACUGCCUGUUAAUAUUAAUUAG